AUGCUCUACCAUAUCAAGUUCCUCAAAGUCCCCACGGCGACAAAAGAGGGAUACAAAAGCGUACUCUCGCUCAGCAACGACCUGGGUGACGCCCUGUUCCACGGAUCAGCUGAGAUUGGCAUUGAGGUGGGAAAGAGGAGAAGCAAAGUGACAUGGUCACCAGGAGACAGAUCCGUGACUGUCAUAACAGCUCCCGGACCUAUUUUUCGAGCCACAGUGCUGUCAUCGCGCGAUGACCUCUUUCCAGACCAGCCCGCUCGGUUCCUCGAUCUUUACGCCCAGGCCGUCAAUGGCAAGUUCCCUGCCAAGUCGAUUCGAAAAUUCGACUCCAUUCCUCUCACCAUUAAGGAAGACACAGGAAACAGUAUAGCUCGUCACGUGUGGGACGCAGGCGUCACUCUGGCUCAUACGCUUACCAAGGAGCGAAUCUAUGAGCAGAUCACCGGUAAAGAUUCCAGCCAGCAGGUGGGCAUUUUGGAGCUAGGUGCAGGAUGUGGAAUUGUUGGGUUAGCGGUCGAAAAGCAUCUGGGAGGUCAGGGAAGUUUGAUUUUGUCUGAUCUGGAGGAGGCUCGAGAGUGUGCCGAGGAGAGUAUCGCGCUGAACAAUUCGUCUGCUUCGUUUAUGGCUCUUGAUUGGGCUGAUGAGGAUGUUUCUCAGUUGACCAAUCUUGAUCUCAUUAUUGUGGCUGAUUGCACGUACAAUAUGGACAUGUACGAGACUUUGGUUGCUUGCUUGGAACGUCUUUUAAAGGCAAACCCCUCAGCAAAGGUGGUUAUUGGACACAAGAUGCGUAACGAGCAGGAAUCUGAAUUCUUUGAGAUGCUUGAGCAGCGGUUGAAGGUUGAGCGGGACUCGACAGAAAGUGUGGGAGUGCAAGUGCGGGUUGUGGUUGCUAAAAUGAAGGAGUGA